AUGCCAACAGAACUCGACGCCAAAGGAAGGUUCUUUCGCGUCGCCUUGGCGUUUGCCAAGGUUGUGCUUCUCCUUGGUUGCCUCUACUUGUUCAUCUGUUCACUGGAUUUUCUAAGCAGUGCCUUCCGCCUGUUGGGAGGGAAAGCGGCAGGCGAGGCCUUCGCCUCGAAUGAAAUUCUUAGCAACCCUGUGGCUGGUCUGAUGAUUGGCGUUCUGGCAACUGUACUUGUUCAAAGUUCUUCCACCACAACUUCCAUCGUGGUCUCUAUGGUGGCCUCUCGGAGUAAGUGUUGUAUGAGUCUUGUAUGGAUAAGAUGUAAUUUAUAAGGAUGUUUUAAACCUGCAGUUACUACAAAUAAACGAUUUAAUUUGGCGUCUAGAAUUAGGCGGCCAAAAGCAAAAAUCUGAAUUGAUUUGUGAACAAUAAUUUUUGGCUCAGAGGACGAAUUCCUAUAUUUUGUCGCCCACAAAGGACGCAAUACAACAUUUAACAAUUAGCUCAUGCGUCAGCGUGCGUAUGUCGAGAUAUUGAGCAUGCGGGAAGUUUGGAGAGCACGAAAGAGGCAUGCGCCGAGAGCAACUCUAGCCUCUUGAGUGCUCUCCAAACUUUGCAAGUGCUCAAUAUCUCGACAUAAGCACAGAUGAAGCAUGAACUAAUUGUCUUAUCACAUUAUCAAAGUGAUCAAUGCAGCAGUAACUCAAAUUUUUAUUAUUGUAGCGCUCGCACAAAGCAGCACGUGUCUAUGUCUGCGUGACAAUAUUUUUUUACCUUCCAGUUAUGUUUUUGUCUUGAAACUGACAGAAAGUUUACUCAAGUCAGUUAAGAUAACAUUAAAAAAAGAUUGUAAAAUCCAUAUUGAGGUGCCGGAAAACUAUUAAUUCACCGAAAAAUUCUUUUUGAAAGAAAUAACUUUGCAAAGAGUGAUUUGCACACGCCAUAGCCUGCACGUCUCGCGCAGAUGACAACAACAACAACACUCAGCUCUUCCCCCUACUAUCGGUUAACAAAUUCAAAAGGUUUCUCCUAAAUUUACGUUAGAAAACACAUGGUUAACGCUUCAUCGUGUACUGUUGAGUUAUGGAUGCACUUGAGAGACGUCUUUGGAGGAUUGCUAAGCUUACAAGUCCGCAAAAGAACUCGAGGUAUAGUUUAUUGACGUCAUCAGCGUACUCAAUGGGAAUAUGACGCACACAAAAAAAUGCUCAUAGUGUUUAACUUUUGCACAAAACAUAAUCGUGGAAAAUCAUUUGGUGGGGGCUGUAAAUUGUAGUUUGGGCUAACGAAAAUGUCUCCAAAUGUGCCAACCCUAUCUGUCAAUCCUUCAUAGUGUACACACCCACCCGGCCUGAACCGGAGUGAUUAGUUUAAGAAACGGACUUCAAGUCAGAAGUCUAACUUUCCCUUUAUCCCAACCUUAGGUCACCCUGUUUGCCCAUAUUACUGAGAGCCUAAGCAACGACGACCACGGCGACAAUCGCUUCCAUUUGGACCCGCUCAAUUUGACAAAUGUAGGCGACUUUUCCUGGAGUCGAGUUUUUAACGAAUUUUAUCAUGUUCAAAAAGGCAAAGGAAACUUUGUCGUCGUAUGCUCACGUCCUCCAUGGAACGUCGCACGAGGAGUUUUUACGACGUAGUCGUGCAGUGGAUGUCAAAGAAAUGUACUAAACAGCGUGAUGCACGUGCAGAGCUGUUGUUUUGCUCAUAAAACCAGUUGGUUUUUGACAUUGUCGUUGCCGUGGUCAUCCUCGUGGUUGCUUAAGUACCCUAAAUUUUAAAUAUACGUAUUGAUAGACGACAAUAAGAAAGAAAGUCAACUUGUUUCUGACUUGAAAAACUACCUUCAAAGUGUCAAUAUCGAACGUGCCAUUGAACUUCACCAAGAGAGAAUGAUCUAAGAGAGCGAAUCCCCCAUACAUGACCCUCUUUCCAUGAAAAUUAUUUUCAAUCUAUUCUUGGUUCUGUGUCAUACUGCGUGGUUAUUUUAAGGACGCCACCUUAUUGGUCGGUUUGAGUGGCGUCAUGUAAUUUUAAACUUGGCGGGUAAUUCAUUUCAUUGCCGAUCACGCACAGCAAGCGAUAUGACGUGCAAACUUGGUAUUGCUUUCGUCGACGAGUCAAAAGAUUUCUACGUGGAAAAAUCUGGCCAGAGUAGCUGCCGAAGAGCAAAAUGGUCCUGGCUCGUGGAAGUUCGCCGGAGAAAGCGGUUCCGACUCGCCGGAAAUUACUAAUUGAGGUCUUCGCUACAUCAGUAUAAAAACAUUGUACAAAAAAGACAACUGUCUCUUCCGGUGACAUCCAAGCACACCCGCGAGCUGUGAUACCGUCGUUUAGAUCCAACUGUGGACACGUAAUGAGAAAAUAGGUUCAAAGUGGCUUCAAACAUGAAUGUUUAGCCGCGAAACAUUUGAAUUUUGAGAGGGCGCUAGAUAAAUGUGGGCACACCGCUCACUAUAAAGAAUUGACCGAAACCGGAAACCGCGCAUAAAAAGUCUCUGGCAUCCAGGUUAGCGAUUGUCUAACAGCUUGAAGCAUCUGACCUGAUUUGUGUUCGCAGGGCGAAAUAUUCAUAGCAAGUAUUAGAAGUUAAGAAGAAGUAAUGCAGUUUGAAACUCUCAAGAAUAAUUCUUAAAAGUAAAUGCACUGUUUCUGAAAGAAAAACAUUCCUGGAAAAAGAGAAAAAAUAUCUUGCACAUUUGCAUAAACAAUUAAAGCCAGGCACCUAUUAAAGGUUUCGUUUUUCUCGCGUGAUAACCAUUGCCUUUGGCUUUCACGUUGUGUCAGAAUUCAGCAUUCGUUACUUUAAAUGGCUACCAGCCGUUAGAAAAUCUCAAUCUCUAAUCUCAAAGUGAAAUUUUGGCUCCAAUACUGCAAUCCCUUUGUAGAUGAAAUUCAUUCCUGAAUUAUGAGCGGAACGCGCUGAUCGAAAACACGUCAACAACAGGAGCCGAUUAGUGUCGGCUCCUGGCGCUAAGCACUCGGCCUGACGCCCCUAUAGCUAGGAACUAAAGCCAAUGCUAAGGAGAAAAAGCUAUAUUUGUAUGGGCAUUCAGCGGAACGCGCUGAUCGAAAACACGUCAACAACAGGAGCCGAUUAGUGUCGGCUCCUGGCGCUAAUUACUAUAAUGCCUGUCAAACUUCAAAUGUUUGGCGUCGAAACAUGUCACGCUCACGUGAAAGUAGACCACGUGGGUCACGGAAACAACAGACAAAAAUAACCUACGCAGCACGCGCGCGAACUUUAAAUAGAUUUUAAAAAAUUAUCAUGGGGCACAGGGAUUCGCUCUCUUAGCUCAUUCUCUCUUGACUUCACCAUGUUUUCACUUCAUCCCGAACUGCAAAAUUUUAUAUUGCUACGCAAUAUAUUUCUAUAUUGCUACGCUUCGAAUCUGUUAAUAAAUAUGAAAUGCAAUGAAAUCUGCAAAGCACUUAAGUGAGACAUUCCAGAGAUGACCCCGGCCAAAGUCUAUAAUUUGAAUUGAACCACCAAAUUCUUGCAGCUCAAAGCCCUCUCUAACCUGCCAUCAAACGGUCCUUCUUCCCUUUCGCAAGUGCAGUCCUCUCAUUACUUUGCCGUUGAGAAUAUUGUGGUUAUAUGAGGUUUGCCGUUUACAAAGAUGACAAAUAGCAGAAAUGUAGUGGCUAAGGGAUUUUUUACGUCAGUGCUUCCCCUCAUGGACUCACACGGUUUCUCUGCGAGGUGCCUCCAAAAAUUCAAUUUCAAAUUCAAAUUCAAAUUCAAUUUCAAAUUCAAACUAGAAAGACCCUUGAGGUCGUUUUCCAUUUAUUUUCCAACUGGAUUAUUUGGAGACGUUUUCUUAAAUUAAUGGUAAACAACUAUAAAGUCACUUUUUCCCUUUCUGUUGCCAUGUGCUUUCUUGCUCCUUACAACUCACCAGUAUAAAAACCCUCCUUUUUUAGGAACUUUCAAAAGGCUGCCUUUUCCCUUAACCCUUUAAGCCCUAAGAGUGAUCAGCAUCACAUUUCUCCUUGUAAUAUCAAUGCUUCGUAAAACAGAGUGGUCGUGAGAAUUACAGACAUGAUCACACAAGAUAAACUUGCUUGAUAUUUUAUCACCUUCUCCUCACUACUUCUGUAAGAAAUGAAUAGGGCAACAAAUGAGAAUUCAAAUUUUGAUCUUAGGGUUUAAAGGGUUAAUAAGUUGUCCUUGUUACCGUUGUUUAGUAAGUAGAGAGAAGUAAUAAAAUUGGUUUUUGACAGAAGUAUCAAACAAAUCAUCGAGGGAUUUUAAGAUUUUGUAAACCUGGGUGGUGGUGUGACAAUCGGUAAAUGCGGUUUUUUGUUGACGCCCCUAUAAAGAUAAAGGUAAAGGCGCACACUAGCCAAAGGCCCAAAACGGCCGGAGCUUUUUCCGGUUUCAUUAGCAUGAAGCACCUAGAAGUGUUGCUACUCCCCCGGACGAGAUGCUAGUCCAUCGCAGGGUUACCCCCCAACAGUUUGUCGCUGGUACCCAUUUAUACACCUGGGCCCAGUUGUUCGAACGCCGAUUAGCGUUUAACCCGGGGUUAAAUUUAACCCUUGUUUCUUUUUCUUGUGUUCAAAAGCAUUUUCUCGGAUAAUUUUCUCUGUUGUUUUUGGAGCUUCCAAUCAUCAACUUGUAGACAAAAAGGACUAAAACUGAAAUGCUUUUUAAGCUUUCAAAUCUGAAUUCAAAUCUCGCACUAACCCUGGGUUAUCUUAACCCAGCUUUGAAAAACUCGGCCCUGGGUGAAGAGAGAGAAAGUGGAGUAAAGUUUCUCCACUAAGGAAACAACGCGACGGGCGAGGCUUAAACCCCGGACUUCCGGAUCCGGAGUUCGAGGUGAUAAACACUCGGCCUGACGCCCCUAUAGCUAGGAACUAAAGCCAAUGCUAAGGAUAAAAAGCUAUAUUUGUAUGGGCAUUUAAAUGAAACAAACGCUGUUAAACUUGUUUAUGAAUGGUUAGAGGUGGACGAAUAACUUUUUCUUUUCAGUUCUAGAUGUUGAACCUGCCAUUCCAAUAGUGAUGGGUGCCAAUAUUGGAACGUCAGUCACCAACACCAUUGUUUCCUUAGCUCAAGCUGCCGAGCGAAACGAAUUCCGUCGUGCCUUUGCUGGAGCCACAGUUCACGAUAUCUUCAACUGGUUGUCUGUGCUUGUGUUCUUGCCUCUAGAAGUAGCCACCCGUUACUUAGCUCGGUUGACUGACAAGAUAAUUGAAGGUCUCCACCUGAAAAGAGAGAAGGGUGUCAACCAGAAGUUGCUGAAAACAAUAACAGAACCAUUUACCAAGCUCAUUAUUCAACUGGAUAAAAAAAUCAUAAAGCAAAUUGCUCUUGGAGACGAAUCUGUUCGAUCAAAAUCUCUAAUCAAGAGUUGCCAGCCCGAAAAUGGCAUUGAGACGGUCAAUAAGACUGUGGUCAAUGCUACCACUGGUAUUAAAAGUUAUGUACUUGAGAACAAGUCGUCGGAAACGGAAGUCACUUGCAAGUUUCUUUUCGCAGACACUUCACUGAACGAUACGGAAGUUGGUAUCAUAAUCUUGGUAAUAUCUAUCUUCCUUCUCUGUGUCUGUCUUGUUGCAAUUGUCAAAAUCCUUCAUUCCAUGCUUCGCGGUCAGAUGGCCAAAAUCAUCAAGAAGACCGUAAACGCAGACUUCCCAGGACCAUUCAAGCAUCUCACUGGUUACUUUGCUAUCUUGGUUGGUGCUGGAUUAACAAUGUUGGUUCAGUCUAGUUCCAUCUUCACCUCUGCCCUUACACCUCUCAUCGGAGUUGGAGUGGUGACCAUCGAACGCGCCUUUCCACUCACCUUGGGUUCAAACAUUGGAACAACCGGAACUGGCAUUUUGGCAGCCUUGGCAAGUUCCUCAAACUUGGACAAAGCUCUCCAGAUUGCCCUUUGCCAUCUGUUCUUCAAUAUCUCUGGUAUCAUUUUGUGGUAUCCAAUCCCUUACCUGCGAAAAGUCCCUAUCAAUGUUGCAAAGACCCUGGGCAACAAGACUGCGACGUACCGUUGGUUUGCCAUAGCAUACCUGGUGUUUGCUUUCUUCCUUCUUCCUGCAGCAGUCUUUGGCUUGUCGCUGGCUGGUUGGAAAAUCCUCCUUGCUGUCGCACUCCCGAUUAUUCUCCUCUUAGUGUUUAUCAUUGUUGUCAACAUACUUCAGAGUAAACGCCCACAGAGCUUGCCCCAGGUCCUUCGUGAUUGGAAAUGGCUUCCAAAAUGGAUACGGUCAUUGGAGCCUUAUGAUAGAGUAUUUACGAAGAUGGGUGAGAUAAAGAAACUGUGCUGCUGUCGCAGAAAUGGAAAGGACUAA